AUGAAUAGAUACAUAACUUUAAAUCAACUUGGUGAUGGUACAUAUGGAUCAGUGGUUUUGGGGCAACGUGUUGACACCGGUGAAAAAGUUGCAAUAAAAAAAAUGAAAAGAAAAUAUUAUUCUUGGGAUGAAGCUAUGAAUUUAAGAGAAGUGAAAUCCUUAAAGAAAUUGAGUCAUGCCAAUGUUGUUAAAUUAAAAGAAGUUAUUAGAGAAAAUGAUACACUUUAUUUUGUUUUUGAAUAUAUGCAAGCAAAUUUAUAUCAGCUUAUGAAAGACCGUGGAAGAUUAUUUCCAGAGCCUGUGAUUCGCAAUAUUGUUUUUCAAAUUUUACAAGGAUUGGCGUUUAUGCAUAGAAAUGGGUUUUUUCAUAGAGAUAUGAAACCCGAAAACUUAUUGUGUUGUGGUCCCGAAUUAGUUAAAAUAGCCGAUUUUGGUCUUGCUAGAGAAAUACGUUCGAGACCACCUUACACAGAUUACGUUUCAACAAGAUGGUACAGAGCUCCAGAAGUACUACUUCACUCAACUACCUAUGGAAGUCCGAUAGAUAUUUGGGCUGUUGGGUGCAUCACUGCCGAAUUAUAUACUUUUAGACCACUAUUUCCGGGAAGUAGUGAAAUUGAUGAAAUGUUUAAAAUUUGUUCUAUUUUAGGAACUCCCGAUAGAAAAGAAUGGCCAGAAGGCUAUGUUUUGGCUAGUGCAAUGAAUUUUAAAUUUCCUAAAUUUUCAAAAAUCCCCCUAAGCUCGGUGGUUACUGGAGCAGGAAAAGAAGGAAUCACUUUAAUAGAAGAUAUGUUAAAUUGGUGUCCAGGAAAAAGGCCAACAGCGCAGCAAUCCUUAAGGUAUCCAUAUUUUCAAACUGGUCAAAUAUUAGGAAAUAAUUCUCAAAGUAUUUCAAUAGAUGCAACUUCAAACAGUCAAGGUGUCAAUACUAAUUAUAUAAAAAGCGCCAUAAAUAGAUAUCCAGAUAUACGUAGGGAGGAACAUAAAACCACUAAAAAUUUUUCAAAUUUUACUUUUUUACCAGAUAAAUUACCAAAAACCCCCAAAAUUUUCCUAUCCUCACCUGAUAUUGAUGAAGCUCCAGCAAGUAAAAUUACUAAAUGUGAUAUUGUGACUGGAAAUUCUAAUACUGUAGUUAACACAAGAAGUAAUAUCAGCACAAACGUGGACAAAUUAUUUAACACUUCUGAAUUAAAAGAAUACACAAAAAAUGAAAAACCUAUUCUUAAAACACCUUUUAAACCAAUGAAUUUGUUAUUUGACAAUCAUCCCGGGUCGCACAAUUUAAUUUCUAAAUAUUUAACUAGUAGGCCAAAUAAUUUCAGCGAUAAUAUUUCAAAUAAUUCAAAAAAAAAAACCUUUUUAAGCAAUCCUAAAAAUGAAAUAGAUGCCGCCAUUUUAAGUAAACAAAUUCCACUUAAUUCUUCUAAACUUCAAAAUAAUAUUUUAAAAAGAGAGAAUAGCGGGAAAUGGUUGUUGUCAAGUAAAAGAAAAAUUAAUGCUAAGGAACAUUACUUAAGUUUAGCCAGGUAUAUUGCUGGUCAAAGUACUAAUAUUUCAAGAAAAAAUGAAAAUAUUUUAAACAGUGAAACAGAUACACAAACGUGGGGACAACUUGGAAGCAUUCAGAAACAUGAUUUAGAACCUUAUGUUGUAAAAACAUAUCAAAGAUUACCAUAUGAAGCCAUAAAAAUAGGUGGUUCUGGAUUACCGGUUAGAGCAGCAGUAGGAGGUACAAAAGCCAAUGCUGGACCACAAAGAAGAAUAGAUUGGGCCGCCAAUAAUUAUUCAUAUGUAUACUUCCUCACAAUUCACAUUAACACUUCCUUUGCCGAAGAAGAGCUAAGACAAGCUUAG